AUGAUUAUCCCGGUUCGCUGCUUUUCUUGCGGCAAGGUGACAGGCGACUUGUGGGAGCGCUACUUGAAACUCAUUGACGACGGUAUCGCUGAUGGAGACGCUAUGGACGAGCUCGGUCUCAAGCGAUACUGCUGCCGUCGCAUGAUCAUGACCCACGUUGAUCUGAUCGAGAAGCUUCUGAAAUACACUCCCGACGGUCGUAACGAAAAGAAGAACAAUCUGCCCGCAUAA